AGGAUGGUAAUCUGGGUGAACUGACUGCACAGACCAUGUUUUCAGGAGGACUUUCUCACUUCAAAACAUUUUCAAACUACUAAUAUAUCAAAGCCGUUCUCUGGCAUCGAACACAGGAGCAGCAGACGCAUCUGGCCACGCUUCACUGGACUGCUGACAUUAUUGUGGAUCAAAAAUGAAGCAUCAGGACCUCGACAGGCAGAGUUUGGGAUUAAAUAAGCCAGACUACCCAUGCAUACACAGGGGUUGGUUGUUUUUAAUGCUUUUUCUCUGUUGCCAGGUAAAAGAUUUUGAAGACAAGUCGGGCUCUGUGCUUCGGAUCCAGCCCUUAAGAACCAGCAGAGACGAGGCCGUCUAUGAAUGCACAGCCACAAACAGUGCUGGAGAGAUCUCUGCACCUGCCAGGCUGAUUGUCCUAGAGGAGGACCAGAUACCUGCAGGAUUCCCCACCAUAGACAUGGGGCCCCAGCUGAAGGUUGUGGAGCGAACCAAUACAGCCACGAUGCUGUGUGCUGCCAGCGGAAGCCCUGACCCUGAGAUUUUCUGGUUCAAAGAUAUGUUGCCUGUGGACAUCAGCAGCAGUGCUGGGCGGAUUAAACAGCUGCGUUCAGGAGCACUUCAAAUUGAAAACAGUGAUGAGUCUGACCAGGGCAAGUAUGAGUGUGUGGCUGUCAACAAUGCUGGCACUCGCUUCUCCAGUCCUGCCAACCUUUAUGUUCGAGUGCGGCGCGUGCCUCCCCGCUUUUCCAUCCCGCCGACUAACUGUGAGGUGAUGCCCUCUGGAAGCGUCAACCUGACCUGUGUGGCAGUGGGUUCUCCAAUGCCUCUGGUCAAGUGGAGGAGCGGAGACAGGGAGCUAACCCAGGAGGAGGAGCUCCCCCUGGGCCGUAACAUCCUGCAGCUUACCAACAUCCAACAGUCUGCUAACUACACCUGUGUGGCCAUCUCAUCUCUGGGCAUGAUUGAAACCACGGCUCAGGUGUUUGUCAGAGCUCUUCCAAAGAAGCCCACCUUCCUGCAGGUGGUAGAAACCACAGCCACCAGUGUGACUUUAACCUGGGAGUCUGGGAACGCUGAGCCUGUGUUGUACUAUUUGGUCCAGUACCGCUCCAAGCCCUCUGAGAACGGUUUUCAGGAGAUCGAUGGCGUCGCAUCCACCCGCUACAGCAUCGGUGGCCUUAGCCCCUUCUCUGAAUACGAGUUCCGUGUCCUAGCUUCGAACAGCGUAGGUCGGGGGCCUCCGAGCAGCACCGUGGAGAUCAGGACAGGUGAGCAGGCACCAUCAUCUCCACCUCUUCAUGUACGAGCACGCCUCCUGAGCUCCACCACUAUACUGAUGGAAUGGGAGCCUCCAGAGGAACCAAACGGUCAGCUACAGGGCUAUCGGAUCUACUACAGGUCUGAGCCCAGCAGCCCAGUCAGCAGCUGGCAGAUACUCAACACCAAUGACAGCAGGUCCACCUCCAUCUCAGGUCUGACGCCAAACAUCACCUACAGCCUCAGGAUACUUGGCUUCACAGCAGUGGGAGAUGGACCGCUGUCUGAUGUUCUGCAGAUAAAAACUCAGCAGGGAGUUCCAUCCAUACCUUCAGGCUUUGAGGCCGAGGCAGAGUUGGACACCAGGGUAAUGUUGUCUUGGCUUUGGCCCAUCCAAGAUCACAUCCUCAGCUAUGAACUGCAUUACUGGGAGGCCAACAGUCCCAACGACAAGCGUAGUGUCAGUUUCAGCGCAGUGGGCUCCUAUGCAGUGGAUGGUCUGAAGCCAGACACACUCUACCUGUUUUCGCUAGCAGCUCGAUCUGACAGAGGUCUGGGAGUCUUCACUCCACCUGUCCAGGCCAGAACCACCAAAUCCAUGCUUGGACCUCCUCCAAGGAAGGUGGUGACAGAAACCCUCAACUCCUCCAGCAUCAGGGUGACCUGGAAGGCUCCGUUACCAGUAAAGCAAUCCGGACAGAUCCAAGGCUACCAUGUUAUCUGCUCCAGGCUGAGGAACAGAGAACCACACGGCCAGCCGGCCAUCAUCGACGUUUCAAACCCUAAAGCCCAGGAAACCAUCAUAUCAGGUCUGCUUCCUGAGACUACUUAUUCUAUCACUCUGACUGCCUACACCGCCAAGGGGGAUGGAGCUCCUAGCAAGGCAUCUGUGUUUACUACUAACGGUGCUGUGCCUGGAAAGCCAAGCAUGAUGAUCAAUAUGAUGGUGGGGAACACCGCUAUGAUCCAAUGGCAGCCUCCUAAAGAAAUGAUAGGAGAACAUCUAGGAUACCAACUCCAGUACAAGAGGGUGGAUGAGGAAACCUUCACCACCAAAGAUCUCAGGAAGACGGAUGACCAUUUUACUCUCACCGGCCUCCUUAAAGGAGCCACUUACAUUUUCAAGCUGUCUGCUAAAAACCAAGCAGGCUCCGGUGAGGAAUAUGUUAAGGAGAUCAUCACCUCUGAGGACAUACCCAGCAGCUACCCCCAGAAUCUCAGGGUGACGGGCCUCACCUCUACCUCUACCAUGCUGGCCUGGGAGCCUCCGCCUCUGGCUGAAAGGAACGGAGAGAUCGUCAAGUAUGUUGUGGUGUAUCGGGACAUUAAUAGCAAGGACAACUACACCAACAGCACCACAGAGACACACAUGACUGUUCAGGGUUUGCUGCCUGACACCACCUAUGACAUCAGAAUCCAAGCUUUUACCAACAAGGGAGGAGGACCUUUCAGCCCCAGCGUCCAAAGCAGGACCAUGCCGGCAUCUAUGCCAGUGUUUGUCAGAAACUUUGGUGUGAAAGCUGUCAUGAAAACCUCAGUCCUGCUGAUGUGGGAACUUCCAGAAACAUCCCAAACGUCUCCGCUUCACUUCAGGAUUCAGUAUCGGCAUCAUGAGGUGGAGGUCCAGGGUGAGCUGAAGAGGAAGCUGAUCACACAGCUGCAGCCAGAUACAGAAUAUUCCUUCAUGCUGAGCCAUGGCAGCGGAGAUGGAGGCCCGGAGCAGCGGCUCUCCGUCCGAACUGCCCCAGAUAUGUUGGCAGAGAAACCAACUCCAUAUCAGCCAAACGUGGAUGAAGACAGGGUGACGGUGGGUCUGCCAGCGGCCCCGACGGAAGCCAUUGUAAGGUGGUUCUACAUAGUGGUAGUCCCUGAAACUCUUCUGUCUCUGAAGCAAUGGAGAAACCCUGAGGACAUAGACCUAGAUGAGAUCCUGGAACCUGGUGAAGAGCAGACCCAGAACCAGGGUCUUCUCCAGCCCUUUGUUGCUGCUAAGAUGGACGUUCUGCCAGAUAUUUUUAUUCUAGGUGACGAUAAGAAAUACAACGGCUACCAAAAUAGGCCUCUUCCCGUCCAGCAGCAGCUGCGUUGCUUUGUUUUGGCCGACCUCACAGAUCACGACUCUCAGAGGACGUUUGCUGCCAGUCCGUUCUCUGACACCUUCAUGGUGAAAGCCGGCGGAGUCACCAGGCAGGCUCAGGAGGAUCCAGAGAUGUUGUGGGUCAUGGGUCCAGUGCUGGCUGUCAUCAUCAUCAUUAUCACAGUGAUUGCUAUUUUACUCUUUAAAAGGAAAAGCACAUCUUCAGCCAAGAAAGAACAGCUGCUAGAGAUGAAAGAUCCCCUGAUGGCCUGCAUGGCUGACCCUCUGGAGAUGAGAAGGUUGAAAUGUCAGACCUCAGGGAUGAAAGAACAUCCGCCUAUACCGAUCUGUGACUUGGCACAGCAUGUAGACAGACUCAGGGCCAACGACUGUCUACUGUUUUCACAAGAAUUCCAGACCAUCGAUCCUGGGCAGCAGCUCACCUGGGAGCACUCCAACCUGGAUAUUAACAAGACCAAGAAUCGUUAUGCAAACGUGAUCGCUUAUGACCACUCCAGGGUCAUCCUCGCAAAGAUGGAAGGAGUUCCAGGAAGCAGCUACAUCAAUGCCAACUACAUCGACGGCUACAGAAAACAGAACGCUUAUAUUGCCACUCAGGGCCCUCUGCCAGAGACCGUUUGUGAUUUCUGGAGGAUGGUUUGGGAACAGAGGACCUGCACUAUUGUUAUGAUGACCCGUCUAGAGGAGAAGUCAAGGGUGAAGUGUGACCAGUACUGGCCCAGUCGUGGUACUGAGACACAUGGAACAGUCCAGGUGACCAUACUGGAUUCUCUGGAGCUGGCGACCUAUGUCACACGGAGGUUCAACCUUAACAAGAAGGGUUCAUGUGAGAAACGAGAGGUCCACCAGCUUCAGUUUCUAGCCUGGCCUGACCAUGGAGUGCCUGAGCAUCCCACCCCGUUUCUGGGCUUCCUUCAGAGAGUCCGGGCGUGUAAUCCACCCGACGCUGGACCGGUGGUGGUUCACUGCAGUGCGGGGGUGGGCCGCACCGGCUGCUUCAUUGCCAUAGAUGCCAUGCUGGAGAGGAUGAAAUACGAAAAGUCUGUGGACAUUUAUGGUCAUGUGACGUGCAUGAGAGCUCAGAGGAACUACAUGGUGCAAACCGAGGAUCAGUACAUCUUUAUACAUGAAGCCCUGCUAGAAGCUGCAGCCUGUGGGAAAACAGAAGUUCCUGCCCGCAGCCUCUAUAGCCACAUCCAGAGACUCACCCAGAUGGCUCCAGGAGAGAACGUCACCGCCAUGGAACAGGAGUUCAAGAAACUGACCCUGAACGGAGGCCUGAAAACCUCCACCCAGACAUGCAUCAGCGCUAACCUGCCAUGUAAUGUCUUUAAGAACCGUCUGGCAAACAUUACGCCGUUUGAAUCGAGCCGUGUCUGCAUGCAGCCUAUCAGAGGCGUGGAGGGCUCCGAUUACAUCAACGCCAGUUUUAUUGAUGGAUACAGGCACCAGAAGGCUUACAUCGCCACUCAGGGCCCAUUGGCCACAACUACAGAUGACCUGUGGAGAAUGCUGUGGGAACACAACUCCACCAUUGUUAUCAUGCUGACCAAACUGCGCGAGAUGGGACGGGAAAAGUGUCACCAGUACUGGCCUGCUCAGCGUUCUGCACGUUACCAGUACUUUGUUGUUGACCCGGUGGCCGAGUACAACAUGCCUCAGUACAUCCUCAGGGAGUUCAAGGUCACAGACGCCAGGGACGGCCAGUCGAGGACCAUUAGGCAGUUCCAGUACACUGACUGGCCGGAGCAGGGAGUACCUCAAACUUUGGAGGCUUUCAUCGAUUUCAUCGGUCAAGUCCAUAAAACUAAAGAGCAGUUUGGACAAGAUGGUCCAAUCACUGUACACUGCAGCGCUGGGGUCGGACGGACCGGAGUCUUCAUCACUUUAAGUAUCGUGUUGGAGCGAAUGAGGUACGAAGGCGUAGCUGACAUCUUUCAAACCGUCAAGAUUCUCCGAACUCAAAGGCCAGCCAUGGUUCAGACAGAGGAGCAGUACUACAUGUGCUACAGGGCGGCUCUGGAGUACCUGGGAAGCUUUGAAGUCUAUCCAGUGUAACCUGACCAACAAUCACACCUUCUCAGCAAGGUGGAGAAAGGCUGCAGCGGGGGGAGGAGAAAGGCU